AUGGCCCCGCACCUGCCAGAACCAUCGCUAGCGAAGGAUCCUCGCAUCACAAUCGGAUUGGACUCUGAUGACCCUGCAGGAAACAAGGCAUCGUUCCCCUCCACUUGGAUGGGGUCCUCGAGCGUCGACUAUUCGCUGCACGAGCAACCUGUCGUGCGUGUGCCGUAUGCACGUCUGCAACGUGCGUCUGACAAAUGCGCCAGCAAGGAAGACUAA